AUUCUGCUGGUCGAUGGUGGCCAUAACAAGACGAUCCGGGACCACAAUGUGGUGGGUCGCCCCCAUUUUAUUAAUUUUCGCGUUUACGACAGUUGCCGAUUCUAUGUCAAUUCCACUCCGAGAAAUGAUAUUGCAAUGGUCGGAAUCUGCUCCACAAAUGAUGCCACGUGGCUACCAGAGGUCUUCAAGAUCGUUUAACAUGGGUCCAGACGUGGUACACGAAAAGCCACGACCUCUUCGAUUCGGAUGAUGAUGAUGACGAGACACCAUGAGAGUGAAGAGGAUUAAUUUUUAUUUUGUAAACAUAAAUAAUUUUUCAAAAAAUAAAAGAAGGAAAGAGAACAGUUUCAAAUAAAGUGAUUGCUCAUUUGAGA